CCUCUUUCAUUCCCGCACACCGCACCGCACCGCAUCGCCCCUUCUCACGCUGAAACCACAAGCAGCGCCUUCAAACAAGCAACUUUAUAUUCCAUCCUACAUCAUCCUCGCUUUCGCGCGCGCGCCCCCCCCCCUCCCCUCCCCUCGCCCCCCGUCGUCUUUAUCAAGCAUGGCUCCAACAGCGCUAGGCGAUGGCGGAUCCAACGGCGCUUCGCCCUUCGCCAAUAACAAAGAUGCAGCAGCAGUCCAAUCCUCCACCACCACCACCACCACCACCAGCGACGCAGCAGCGCAAUUGGUCAAUCUAACCAGCAACAAAUUGUCCAGCGUUGCUCUGGGCGGCAAAGUUGCAGCUUCUAGCAUCGGCGCUGCCAUCGCUGCACCGCUCACCGGCACGCAGGGCGAAAAGAUGGGAAGCAAAGAGGUGAUGGGUUUGGAGCACGAGUAUGGUGCGCACAACUACCACCCUCUUCCCAUGGUCUUUUCACGCGGUGCAGGUGCACACGUGUGGGAUCCAGAAGGUAGACGCUACUUGGACUUUCUCUCUGCCUACAGCGCUGUCAAUCAAGGACACUGUCAUCCGCGCAUCGUGUCGGCUUUGGUGGAGCAAGCUUCUCGUCUCACCCUCUCCUCUCGAGCAUUCUACAACGACGCUUUCGGUCCCUUUGCGCAAAAGGUGACGCAGCUGUUUGGAUACGAGAGCGUGCUGCCCAUGAACACGGGCGCAGAGGCGGUCGAGACGGCGUUGAAGUUGGCGCGCAAGUGGGGUUAUCAGGUCAAGGGCAUCCAACCUGGUCAUGCGCACAUCCUCUCCGUAUCCGGCAAUUUUCACGGACGCACCCUCGGCAUCGUGAGCAUGAGCACCGACGAAGAAUCUCGAGAUGGUUUCGGUCCCUUUUUGCAAGGCGUCGGACCGGGCAUCGGCGAGUUGAAGAUCCGCUACGAUCACGCCGAAGAUCUGGAGGCAGUGUUGGAGCAGCACGGCUCGAAAGUGUGCGCAUUCUUGGUGGAGCCUAUUCAGGGAGAAGCUGGCAUCGUCGUUCCUAGCGCUGGCUAUCUGCAACGAGUGCGCGAAUUGUGCACCAAGCACAAUGUCCUGUUGAUCUGCGACGAGAUCCAGACCGGUCUGGGUCGCACGGGCAAGAUGCUGGCGGUCCAGCACGAUGGCAUUCGUCCGGACAUGAUCACCCUCGGCAAGGCGCUCUCGGGCGGAGUGUACCCAGUGAGCGCAGUGCUGGCCGACAAAUCCAUCAUGCACGUCAUCCAACCCGGAGAGCAUGGAUCGACGUACGGAGGAAAUCCGCUCGGUUGUGCGGUAGCAUCCGCAGCGCUGGAUGUGCUCAUCGACGAGAAGCUUUCGGAAAGAGCAGAGAUGCUAGGAGCUAAGUUCCGCGCGGAUCUGCUCGCUUUGAAGCAGAGCGGCGAGUGUCCCAUGCUGAGCGCCGUCAGAGGAAGAGGCUUGCUGAACGCCAUCGUCAUCGAUCACGCCGCUUCCAAAAAGGGAAGAACGGCGUGGCAAUUGUGCUUGCUGCUCAAAUCCAAGGGUCUCUUGGCAAAGCCCACCCACGUCAAUAUCAUCCGUCUGGCACCCCCCCUCGUCAUUAGCGAAGAGGAUAAUGUAUCUAUCAGGUUUUGAUCUGCCUCCCUCCCUCCCACUCACCCUAUCGCGAAACCACGUCUGUACCUCUCCAACUUGAUCUCUCCCCUUUUCUUUGGGGUCAGCGAAAGUGGCUCUUCCUUUCGGCCCCUGCAAAAUAAAAAAAAAAAGAGGAGAAUUUGCCGCCUCGCGCCCAAUCCGCUCUGCUCUGUGCUCUGCCUUGCUUGCUCGACUCUAUCCUGCCCCUCCUCUUCCUGUCCGCGAUGAGUCCCCUGCGCUUUCUCUCGCCCUCCCUCCCUCUCUCUUUGCGCGACGAUGGAGCUUCCUGUGCUUCCUCUCUCUCUCUCUCUCUCUCUCUCUCUCUCUCUCUCUCUCUCUCUCUCUCCCCUC